UUGUCCUCGAAAAAGCAGAAUGGCUAAACGUUCCUCGAUAUUCCCAACUCGAUUUUAUCUCCUUUUGUUCGUUACGUUCCACUGCGGAAAAUUCGCCGACAUGUACACAGGGCGUGACACGGGAUACGAGAUCGUGGUGCCGAGGAAAGUCGGAUCGGAUGGAAAGUUCGUGUCGCAUCAAAUACCUCAUCACUUCAAGCGCUCCCUCUACGCCCCGGCGGAUCGGGGAGGAGGGGGCAGAGUGGAGGACGAUGCGGUUCACUACCGUUUGAAAAUCGGCCAGAAGGAUUAUCAUCUCGAGCUACGGCCGAAUCCCAGCCUCGUUGCCCCAGGCGCUGUUAUCGAGGAACAUCGGGGGUCUGCAGAAAGCGGGAGCAACGAUAAUUUGUUGAAGGAUGCGAAGUUGAAGGGGAUGCGCGACUCGCAGUGUCACUAUCUCGGUCGCGUCCACGGUCAUUCGGGGGACAGCGCCCUGUCCACUUGUUACGGCUUGGUUAGUCCAACUUUUUUUUAA